CUUUGAAGGAACACUAGCGACACUAACGUCGAGAAGAAUCUAAAUAUGUCGAACGCAUCUAAUGGUACUAUUAUACAACUUGUACCAGAAUAAUUUAUACAAGAUCUAAGUUUCCAAACCAAACAUGACGGAGGACAUGUUAGGUACAGAUAUCUGCCGGGUUUGCCGGUCAGAAGGUUUCGCUGAUAGACCACUUUUUCAUCCAUGUAUUUGCACUGGUAGUAUUAAAUGGAUUCACCAAGAAUGUUUAGUGCAGUGGAUGCGAUAUUCACGGAAAGAAUAUUGUGAACUUUGUGGAUAUCGUUUUUCAUUUACACCUAUAUAUAGUCCAGAUAUGCCACGACGUUUACCAUUAAGAGAUGUUGUUGGUGGUUUGUUUUCAAGUAUUAUCACAGCUGUUAAAUACUGGCUACAUUAUACUUUGGUAGCUAUUGCUUGGCUUGGAGUUGUUCCAUUAACAGCUUGCCGAACAUAUAGAGCUCUCUUCAGUGGACCUUUUGAUUUAGUUAGAAUAAUGUCAUUACCAAUGGAUAUAUUAUCUACAGAAAACAUAUCAUCAGAUGUGUUUCAUGGUUGCUUUGUAGUAACUUGUACAUUAUUUGCAUUUAUUGGUUUGGUAUGGUUACGAGAACAAAUCUUACAUGCUGGUGGUCCAGAUUGGUUAGAAAGAGAUAAUAUUCAAAUACCUCCAAUUGAUAAUCCAGCACCAGCAGUAGCUGUAAUAGCAGCUCAACAAAUUCAAGAACAACAGGUAAAUCAGCCAGAAGAAGCACAAGAUAAUAAUAAUGUACCACCUUUUGUUGAUGAUCCACUUGUACCUCAGGAAGGCGAACCUAAUCAUGAAGGUUUAGCAAAUGUAGAAGCUAAUAUAGCACAUCCUCUAUAUCAUGAACUAGGGGAUAAUCCAAUUAAUGAUGCAAGAAUGGAAGAGAUGGAAGGUUUAGGAAGAGACGUAGAACCACCAAUCCCUCAUAGAGAAGAAGUGAAUGCUGAUGCUGAACAUCCCAAUCCUGCAAUUGGUGAUGGUUGGAGAGGUCAAGUACAAGGUCAAGCCCAAGGAGAAGCAGAGGAAGCUAAUUGGAACCCUAUGGACUGGGACAGACCAGCAGAAGAAUUAACUUGGGAACGUCUGUUGGGAUUGGAUGGUUCACUUGUAUUUUUAGAACAUGUCUUCUGGGUUGUAUCAUUAAAUACACUAUUUAUUAUGGUAUUUGCUUUCUGUCCCUAUCAUAUUGGGCAUUUUGCUAUAGCAGGAUUAGGAUUACAAGAACAUGCCGCGGCUUCUCAUUUUGAAGGUUUAGUAACUACAUUGUGUGGUUAUUGUGUCAUCGGAGUGUGUUUAGUCGUUUGUCACACUCUUGCAGCUUUAUUAGGUUUUCAACGAUCUCAGAGAAUUCUUGGACUCUGUUAUGUUAUAGUCAAAGUUUCUCUACUGUCAGUAGUUGAAAUUGGAGUGCUUCCAUUAGUUUGUGGCUGGUGGUUGGACAUAUGUUCAUUAGCAAUGUUUGACGCAACACUACGAGAUAGAGAAGCGUCUUUCAGCCUUGCUCCUGGCACCUCUAUGUUUAUUCACUGGUUAUUAGGAAUGGUUUACAUAUAUUAUUUUGCAUCAUUUAUACUACUUUUACGAGAAGUUUUGCGACCUGGAGUACUUUGGUUUUUGAGAAAUUUAAACGAUCCUGACUUUUCUCCAAUACAAGAGAUGAUACAUCUUCCAAUUUUGAGACACGUGCGAAGACUUGUUGCAUCUGCAAUCAUUUUUGGUACAGCUAUUUUAUUAAUGUUGUGGUUACCAAUAAAAUUAUUGAGAUGGGCUUGGCCAGGAUUUUUGCCAUAUACAGUCACUGUUCAAAGUGAAGCUCAGGUGAGCGAGCUAUCCUUGGAACUACUUUUACUACAAGUCAUCCUUCCUGCACUCUUGGAACAAUCUCAUACACGCACAUGGUUAAAAGCCCUUAUAAGAGGAUGGUGUCGAGUUGUUGCAUGGAUGUUAGAUCUUCAAUCAUAUUUAUUAGGCGAUCAAGUAGAGGAACCAGGUCCAGCAGUUAUUGAGGAACCACAACAUCCAGAUUUAGGAGCAGCUCAUCAGGCACUAAUGCAAAGAGAAAAUCCAACUAGUUUCCAACCAUAUACUAGACCACGAUGGUUUCCUGCUCGCCUGAUUGGUCUUCUAUGUUGUGUUUGUAUUUCACUCGUUAUAGCUAGUUUAAUUGCUAUGACUCUUCCCGCUUGGUUAGGAAGAAGAGUAAUGGCAUUAUGGAUGGUCGGAGCACCUGCGCCAUCGCCACCUGUAUUACCACCUACAUUAACUGGUUCUGAUGGAGAUGAAAGUAUGACUGCUUUAUUCGGAAGAGUACACGAAGUAUAUACAGUAGCCUGUGGAACGUAUGUAUGUUGGGCUGCUGUACGAGGUUUGGCAUUAGCUUUUUCGUGGUUACCACGUGGUCGUAGGGCCAUACUUGAUAAAGUAAAGCAUUGGGUUAUUUUGGGAUUGAAAGCUUCAGUUGCAUCUGUUUUGCUCGUUGGAGUUAUUCCACUAUUAUUUGGUCUUCUUCUUGAAUUAGUUGUUGUCGUUCCAUUGCGGGUGCCUUUAGAACAAAAUCCUGUUCUUUUUAUAUGGCAAGACUGGGCUUUGGGUGUUCUAUAUACUAAAAUAGCAACCGCUCUUACCAUGAUGGGUCCUGAUUGGAGAAUACGUUUAGCAAUUGAAAGAGCAUAUAAUGAAGGAAUAAGAGAAAUGGAUUUAAAAUUUGUAAUUACAGAAUUAGCAGCACCAGUUAUAUGUUGUUUUGGCCUUGCCCUAGCUGUUCCUUAUGCUGUGGCUUAUGGAAUAGUGCCACUAUUUGUUACCAAUCUCCAAACACAAAUACUUAUUGCUAGACGUUUAUACCCUUUCUUACUCCUAGUAAGUUUGGUUUGUAUAGUCAUUUACUUUCAAAUACGUCAAUUUAAAAAAUUAUAUGAACAUAUUAAAAAUGACAAGUAUCUCGUGGGUCAGAGACUUGUCAAUUAUGAACACCGUAACAAACCACAGUCCCAACAAUCACAAAGAUCAAGCUAACGCCAUCAGUAAAUAUUAUAUUAUUAGGGUGAAAGGAGUCUUAGGAUUAGCUUCAUGUACAUUCUUUAACAUGUUUAAUUAUUAUGAAUUAUAAUUUAAGUAAACGAUGCUUUAAUUCUUAAUAUUAUAAUUUAUUAAUGUAUAAGCGAUACUCAAUAAAUCAAAAAGAUUGUUAUCUAAGUGUAUCGCGCUUUUGAGUUUGAUAAGUAUAUUACUAAAUUUUAUAUCUUGAAAUAAAUUACACUAACAAAAUUGCUUUUAUACUAUAUAAUGAAUUGAAAACAAUGUUUUAUUUUGAAUGUUGAUUUGAAAUAAGUGGAUAAGUGAUAAUAAAAUACAAUAUAACAUU